CGUGCAGUUACAGCGAGUGUCUUUCUGCUUGCAGCCAGGAGCACCCGGUGUGUGCGAAAGAGUGAGGCUACAGUCUGUAUGUGUGUGUCACGGAGAGAGAGACAGAAAGAGCGGGUAAAAGCGAGGCAGAGAGAAGAGGAGAGGAGGAGGGAAUACAGCGGGGUCUAAUAGUAACUGGAAAACUACCAAGCCUGUGGACGCAUCGAGUGAAGGCAUCGACAGAUUGGAGCCAACAUUUCACUCUCCGUUCGCUGCAGCCGGAUUCAAACGAGAAUGGAGCUACCUGCGGCCGGAGAGCACGUCUUUGCGGUAGAGGGAAUCGAAAAGAAGCGCAUUCGCAAGGGCAAAAUAGAGUACCUGGUCAAGUGGCGAGGUUGGUCUCCGAAAUACAACACGUGGGAACCUGAGGAAAACAUCCUUGACCCGCGCCUACUCGUCGCGUUCCAAAGCAGAGAGAGGCAAGAGCAACUGAUGGGGUAUCGCAAGCGUGGGCCUAAACCAAAACAUAUUUUACUCCAGGUUCCUUCCUUUGCCCGGCGAUCCAACGUUCCCACAGGUUUUCAGGAGACUUCCCAGGAUGGCGAAAGCUGCCCCAUGACAGAUGUCCUCCAGACGUCCCGCACCCAGCCUCAGCAGUACCAGCUGAACAGCAAGAAGCACCAUCAAUACCAGCCCAACAGCCAGGAAGCCCCUCCUGACCAACUGUCCAACGGCAAGAAGAAGUUGAUCUACCAGCUGAACAGCAAGAAGCACCACCAUUAUGAGCCUGACCUCAACAUGUACGACGCACCGGCCUCCAGACUAAAGGAGGUGGUCAAAAUUCAAGAGCCUGCCGGUAAACAAGCCAACCCCGGCUGGAACCUGCCGCUGGCGCUGCAGCAGAAAUGGGUCCGCGACAAAGACACGGGGUGCUUGAGCAAGGUUAAGGAGCUCGCAGUUGAGGUACGGAAACCAGCGGUUAACGCCAAGGUAGCGGAGGGCAAGGAGGAGGAUGGGGGUUCCCUCAAGCUCCAUUCUAAAGAUGCCGCAGCCCCGACCAGUGGUGGUGGCAAAAUGAAGAUAAUCAAGAACAAAGAUAAGAAUGGACGUAUCGUCAUCGUUAUGAGCAAGUACAUGGACGGUCACAAGGCUCACGGGUCUAAGGGUAAACAGGGAGAGCCGUCGAGCGAGGAGAAAGCCCUGCAUGCCAAGUCGUCGCAGAGCAAUCCAUCGCACAAAACCAAAACAGGGGAGCCCUUGCACCCAGAGAACGGGGUACCAAAAGAGAUCUGUGACGGACGCUCGCCCCCUGCAGCUGACCACCCCAAGAAGUGUUGCCCAAAAGACAGGCAUUUCUCAAAGCCUUCGCCCAGCACUGCAGAGGAAUAUAACACGGAGGUGGCUCGCGGUCAGGCCGAUUUGCCGGACGACUUACCCAUGCAGCUAACGGCGAGCUCGCCCCAAACUUCCUGGACUAUGGACACAAAUAUGCUGAGUCGCACGGACAUUGACCACAUUAGGAUCCCUACGUUUUCGGCCGACCGCAAACGUAAACUCUCGGAGCCCGUGGAGGAAAGAUGUGUUUCCAAGGUGUUCCAGAGCUCAAGGAGCUUUAGCACCCCCAGCGUAGUAGAUGCAACCCCGCCUCAAGAAAAACCCAUGGACCUCCACUGUAGUGGGUCCCGUCCCAGAGGUGCUAGCGAGGGUGACAUUGGAGAUACGGACAGCCAAGAGCAGCCUAUGGAUCUAAGUUGUCCAAAGACCAAGACGCAACAUCCCGAGCCCAAAGUCCAACCAGAGCCGGAACCUGAACCCGUUCCUGAGCCUAUAAGUGAAAGUUUGGUGUUGGCGGUGCCAGACCAGAAAGAGAGUUAUGCAGAGCUGCUCAAAGAAGAGACUGUUACGAAAAUAUCGCCUUUCAUGGGAAAUAUUGUCAUCACUGACAUAACGACAAAUAGUCUCACAGUCACGUUUAAGGAAUACGUUUCCUUCUAAUCAAUGAGCUUCUUUUCCCCCCAAAUGGAAGUUCUAGUUACAUUUUUGGACCCUGUCAAUAUGUGCAUAUGUAAAAAAGAAAAUAAUGAUUUUUGUACAUAAGGGAAUUUAUUAUUUAUCAUUCAAAUUGAAUAUGUUUCUUAAACUAUUUUAUACUGAACUCCUCUGUGUGGUGAAGAAAGUGCCCUCGAGGUUUUGAGUGACUGCGUUCAGGUGGAUUUUUAUGUCUCCACAAAAAUAUCAAUAUAUCUGAAAUGCUAAAGUACCUUUGUAAUACUUUGUAUACUCGUUUCAUACUGGUACCAAACAUACAACCUGAGAUUUAGGAAGGUUUAUUCAAUAUUUUGUAUCUAAUAAUAUGAGAUAUUUUGGUCCCGGACAAGAACAAGGGAGUAACUUGUUAUGUGUACAGCGAUCGAAGAUCAACAAAAGAAAGCACUUAGACGCAUUCACUUGUGCUUACGCUCAUUUUUACAGCAUUUGAUUUUUAUGGAGAAAUAGAUAAUCUCCAUCCGUUUAAACUAUAUUUAGUUGCUUUACAAUCUGCUCUGGGUACAGCCUUGUACCUGGUUGUUUCCUUCAGUUGCUUGGUCCAUUUUGCUUAGUCAAGCUUUCAGACAAGUAGUCUAGAGUUACUGAAAGCCCAAAUGUGUGGGAGAGGCGUUUCUGGCACCCUGGGCAACGACAUAAAAACACUUUUGUAUCUUUACAUUGGAUUGUUUGUACCCUCGCUAGUAUCACUGCAUAAGAUAUAGCAAACACUUUCAGGGUUAACAUCAAGGACUUUGAAUGGACAGAUACAGAGUAAAACUAAAUGUAUUGCCCACAAAUUGUUUAACAUUUUUGCCCCAGGAUUCAGCCAUGGGCCUGUCCAAAAUGCUCAUGUGUGGCUCUCUGCUAUAUUGCACUUUUUAUAGGUUGUGACAUUCAUUUAGUUAAUGUAUAUCUUCAAAGGUCAGUAAUCAAUUGGAGAAAGAAUAAUAUAAAGAGUACCAUUGAAUCCAAGUUCCAUGUACCAACCAUAUCCUUUUAAUCUUUUUUUUGUACGAGCUUACUGUGGACCCCUCAAUAUAUGGUAAUUCUAGGCCAACUUAAAUAGUUAUUCAAAUACAUUCGUCUCAUCUUCUGUCUGUUUUACAUAAAGCUACCAGGGUUACUAGUCAUCAGUAGUAUUUUGUACAAGUAAAAUGUAAAAUAUGAGACUGGUUUUGAGUUCCUGUUGAAUCCAAUAAGUGCAGGCAAUUUUGAUUAUGUUGUCAUAAUACUUUCCUCUUAGAAAAAUUGUUUGAGACUAAAUUGCCUUCCAUGCACAUUUAAUGCAAAGCUUUUAAGCAUACUAAAAAUCUAUAUGAAGAAGGAAUUCUUAUAUUUAUUGACAUUUCAUUUGUUGGCUAAACUUUGCAGUAGUUCUCGUCAGAUUAUUGCAUCUGAUUCUAACGAGCUGAUUGUCCUGUUUCCUGCUUUGUUUUCUUUAUUCUUUCUUGCACUUGGUUCAAAGUCCAAAAUGAUUGUCACAAAGUAUGUUCCGUAGGGGAUAGGUGGAUUAAAUGCUGUUGACACAGUUUACUGGAUAAUAUGUAUAUCAAUAAAGCAAGAUAAAUAACCCUUUGUUGACUUUAUGUGAAACUGUCAUGCUGAUCGGGCAGGUUAGGAAUGUUUUACUUUGUGUUCCGCAUAGCCAAUGACUCAACUUGAUUAGCAUUUCCUCAUAAAGUUAUGUAUAACUGCGGCCGCAUUGUGUGUGCUUUCGUUCUUGUUGACCGGUCUAUAUCUGCAUGAAACAUAGACCUGUACCCUCGCUAGUAAUCUCUGUUGUCCCAAUAGAUGACGGAAUAGCUAAAAUCUGAAUUUAAUACACAGAUCGAGUUGCACUAUACCACUACCCGACAUAAAAGCCCCUAGUUACACAGGUCUUACUGGACCAGCUAUACUUAGGUUACCAGAAAUUCACUCUUGUUUUCAAACGUGUUUAUACCAUUUAGGAAUGUACAAACUUAACGUAUGAGUCAUAAUGCGUAGUGUGUAGAGGCCUAAUGCAUUUAAUUCAAUUCCAACCCUUUAAAAAUGACU